AUAUUUCGGGAUCGGGAUUCACAUUGUUAACCAUGUGUUGAUGCUGAAAUAAAUAAUAUCAAUAACAGAAAUUUGCAGUCAACAGACUGUAAAGUCUACUACAAUGGAAAAUGGACCUUGAUUAUAAUUCAUUAGACUACAUGCUAAGCUGUCAUCGAGUUUACUGAUAUUGUUGGCAACGAGAGGAGAAUAGACCUUUAUACAUGAACUGAGUAAGGGUAAACACUGAGAUCGUUGUCAUCUUCACCAUUAGAAAGAAAGGAACACACCUUUAUACAAAGUGCUGAAAGAGAGGCUCAAAAAGAUGAAUCGAUUUUGGAGAGCAUUCAACAGAUGGGUCCAGUGGAUCAGAAAAGAUAGUGUAUUCCAAAAAUCUACAAAGGGUCGUCGACUCCAUGUUAAGUAUUAUUUGCUUCCUGUUGCCUUUGUGGGAUCAUAUCUGAUUCCAAACUCGUUCAUCCAAAACGUGAUGAAGAGAAGGUACGGGGUUGAAAGUGAGGCUGAGCUGAGCACAGUUAAUGCGGAGACAUGGACGCUUGUGCAAGAAGUGUUGGAAGACAUCAAAGAAUCAAAUAUUGCCAACCGGAGGCUGUAUGGAUCCAUGGACUUGGACAUCUACUCGUGUAAGGGGAGUGAAAUUAUCCUACACUGGUUGUACGACAUCAGUUCCUCCAGAAUGUUAAUCGGUGUCCCAUCAAAUCUGUCCUUCUCCCCUCAAGAUCAACAAUCAUUUCACUCUGUCCCACAAAACGGUAAUGGGUCAUCAAAAGUUUUGCCAUCGUCACCUUCACAACCUCCGCCGAAACAAAGAGCAUCCUUGACGUCUGCAGAUACCACGGGUAGAACACCAAAGUUAUUCCCAGAGUCAUUGAAGGAUGCACCACCAAAACGAAAUUUGUCACAGAUACCUACUACACAGCAUGGAGGUGAAAAACCAGGGGGUCCAGAUUACGUAUCGGACCUGUCCGUGGGGGAAAGGAAAUUUGUAUUUCUGCGUCACAUACUUUUAUGGACUCUCCAUUUUCAGGACAAGACGUCUCUUCUGAUACUUUUCCCAGUCUUUACGUAUGUCUUCAUUAAUGUGAACCGAAAGUUGAUCUAUCUCCUGUUGAAUAGUUUUAGCCUGUACGGAUUUUAUACAAAAUAUCAUACAUGUUCUGGAUACAUGAUCAGCGGGAAAUAUCAUAAGCAAACUUUGAACAUGUUGAUGACAAAUGAGGCGAGGAAGCUCGAUAGUUAUGUGGAAGGUGGGAGAACAUAUUCCAUGAAAAAACUUCGACAGAACUGUGAUAUUUAUAAAUUUCAACAAAAAAAGGCCACAGAUUCUCUAUAUGAGAAACUGCACCUAAUGACAAACAUAGCAUUCCAUAGACUUUUACCGAAUCUGGACAAAGUGUACAACCGUGCUGGUUGUGUCCGAGCGUGGCCUUCAAACUAUUUCAACUAUGACUUGUUUUGGGCUUACAACCUGAAAAAUGAGUUUACCAAUGUGACUGAGCAUACGGUCGGCCAUGACGCCACACACUGGAAGACUUGGCUGUUAGUUCACAAUGAAAAUUAUGUCGAGGAUGUUUUCAAAUAUUAUGUGAGUGAGCUGCCCAAUUUGAAGGAAUAUAGUGGUAUUCCACUCAUAUUUAAGUCUGUGGCGAAGAAUUCUCUAUACAAAUACAUACAUUGAUCACCAGGUGUUAUCUGAACGACUGUCAGUAAAGGUUUAUAACAACAUGUGUUAUCUGAAAUGCCAACAGUAAAUAUGUUUAUAAUAUCAUUUAUUUAAUAUCUGAAUGACUGUCAGUAAAUGUUUAUAAUAUCAUUUGUUUAAUAUCUGAACGACUGUCAGUAAAUGUUUAUAAUAUCAUUUGUUUGAUAUCUGAACGACUGUCAGUAAAGGUUUAUAAUAUCA